AUGUGUUUUGCUUAUCUUGAUUUCUAUUCUCUAUAUGAAAUAUUCUAUUAUUUAAAUCAACAUUUUAAACAAUUGAUUCAAUAUGAAAUAAAUAUUCAUAUUAAUUUAAAUUCAAUUCCAUCUAGAAAAUUUUUAACAUUUUGUUUUCAAAUAAAUCAAUACAUAAAAACAAGUCAAAACUAUUGUCUAUCAAUUGUAGCGAAUGAUAAAUACAGACUUAAUUUAAUAUUAGAAGAUGAUUUAUUUAAAGAUACAUUCUCAAAAUUAAAAUCAUUAUCAUUAUCAACUGUAGAUGCUGGAACUAUACAUUCUCUAAUAUUUAAUAAAACAAUCAAAUUAUAUCAAAGAUUAGAACGAUUAAAUUUAUUGCAUAAAAUCAGCGAAAAACAUGAAGGAAGUAAUGAUAUUGAUUAUUUAUGUAGCAGUUUAAUAUCAUCAAAAAUGAAAUCACUAAAAUAUCUUAGAUUAAAUUUCGAAUCAUAUUGGUGUGGAUGUGAACGAGGUUGGGAUGCACGUCCAAAUUAUGUUGAGUUAGAAUUUAAUCAAUUAAUAGUUGGAAAUAGAUCAUUAUCUAAUUUAGAAACUCUUAUUAUUGGAAAUAUCCCUCAUAAUCAUGACAAUGAUACAACAACAAAAAUAUCGUUUAAGAUAUUCAAUGAAAAAUUAUUACCUUGUCUACCAAAAUUAAAAAAUUUAAUAAUAAAUGCAAUUCAUUUUGAUCAAAAACAAUAUUCAAGACAAAAUAUAAUAUAUAUAUCACCAUCAACUAUAGAAAGAAAUUCAAAUAUUCCAUUAAAUUUAAAAUUAAUUAAAAUCUGGAUUGAUGAUAAAUAUGCACCAGAUGAUGUAAAAACAAUGAGAAAAUUUUUACGGAAUUUUUUUAUGAAUAACAAUUCAUCUGAUACUACAACAAUUAAAAUAUUCUAUAUUAAUAAUAAAAACAUUUUAAAAAGAAAACUUCGAGAUUUCAAUUAA